ACAUAAAUCUCAAUUAUUAGUUUUAUCUAGUUGCGUGCGAGUAGUAACCACUAAUAAAUACUAUUGUAUAUCAUUAUGGUUAAAAUAAUAUUUGUUGAGAGAGUUUCAACCCUUAAAUAGAUCUCAGUUAACUCGAGAGGAUUAGUCUCUGCAACUGCAUGCGGAUGAUACAUUUGGUUAACAAAAAAAAAAACUCUUUUUAGGGCUAACACCCUCGGUUAUUUGGAGUUCAACUACGAUGUAAGUAAAAUAUGAAAAAAUUGUUCGAUCCAAUAGUCAGUAUUUUAUCGUUCUUUUUUAAGUGUCAUUUUAGAUUUGUGCACAUAUGUCAAUGGACAACUGUAAUCACUAACAUUUUUAAUAAUUUAUUGUACAAAUUAUGAAAAUUUUAUAUUCUAAAAAUACUCGUUGAGAUAAAUUAAACAACAUUUCUAUGCUAAUAUUUAUUUUUAUAUAUUAAUAAAAAAUUACGUUCAAAAUAGAUUACAAUUUUGAUCAUACGAAUAAUCUGCACGAUUCUCAAACAAAUUCCAAUUGUUCCAAACUAUUGGGUAACUUAAAUCGAAGGAGUGGAUACGAAUGCAAUGCAAGGAAGUAGUAAAAGUAAAACACUAAAAUCGGAAAUGAAGUUGGAGGAUAAUUUGGUCAUUCCAUUUUGCUACGAGAACCAAUCAUUGUUUUGCUUAGAAGCCAACCAAUAGAAAUUGAAAUAAUUAUUAUAGUAUAAAAAAGGAUCAUGAGAUGAGAAAAUGAAGAAUAGAAAGUAGAAACCGAGUUAGUUAGAGAGAGUGAAAAUGGCACAGUGGUCGCUCCUUAUCGUGUUGUUCUGCGUCGCCACCGCCGUCGCCGGAUUCAGUUUCCAAGACUCCAAUCCUAUUCGGAUGGUCUCCGAUAUGGAGGAGCAGCUACUUCAGGUGAUCGGAGAAUCUCGCCACGCCGUCUCUUUCGUCCGUUUCGCUAACAGAUACGGCAAACGAUACGAUACCGUUGACGAAAUGAAGCGUAGAUUCAAGAUCUUCUCCGAGAAUCUUGAACUCAUCAAAUCUACUAACAAGAAACGCCUCAGUUACCGUCUCGGUGUUAAUCAUUUUACUGAUUGGACUUGGGAGGAGUUUAGAACUCACAGACUUGGUGCUGCUCAAAAUUGCUCUGCCACUCUUAAGGGUAACCAUAAGAUGACCGAUGCUAAUCUUCCUGAGGAGAAAGACUGGAGGAAAGAAGGUAUAGUCACUAAAGUUAAAGAUCAAGGCCAAUGUGGAUCAUGCUGGACAUUCAGCACAACUGGGGCAUUGGAAGCAGCUUACGCACAGGCCUUUGGAAAAAAUAUCUCUCUUUCUGAGCAGCAGCUAGUGGAUUGUGCUGGUGCUUUCAAUAACUUUGGCUGCAACGGUGGGUUGCCAUCCCAAGCCUUUGAAUACAUUAAAUACAAUGGUGGCCUGGAGUCAGAGGAAGCAUAUCCCUACACUGGAGAAAAUGGUCUCUGCAAAUUUUCAUCUGAAAACGUUGCUGUUCAAGUCCUUGGCUCUGUCAACAUCACCUUGGGUGCUGAGGAUGAAUUGAAACAUGCAAUUGCUUUUGUUCGACCCGUUAGUGUGGCGUUUGAGGUGGAGGGUGACUUCAGAUUAUACAAGAAAGGAGUUUACACCAGUACAACUUGUGGCAACACGCCCAUGGAUGUGAAUCACGCCGUUCUUGCUGUUGGGUAUGGAGUUGAAGAUGGUGUACCAUAUUGGCUCAUUAAAAAUUCGUGGGGAGGUGAUUGGGGUGAUCAUGGCUAUUUCAAGAUGGAAUUGGGGAAGAAUAUGUGUGGUGUUGCAACUUGUUCCUCUUACCCUGUUGUCCGCUAAAUGGUAAGGGUAAUACCCGAAAGUCUUUCCUUGUGAAUUCCAUCUUGCACAUUAUGCUUCUUAGCUGUCCAUCUUAAACGUAAAAUGUCUGUGAUAUGUCUUCGUUGAUGUUUAUCUGUAAAAUAAGUUUGGAAUUAAGAUUUGAGAUGCUAUUUCUUCUAUUUGCUAUAUACCACAUUACAGAAUAAGAUUGUAAAUCAUGUAUCAUUUAUCACAUAAGAGACAUAAUAAACUUCAUUUGUUGUAUUUCCUUUA